AAAAAAAAAAAAAAAAAAAAAUUUGAAACAAAAAUUUGACUUGGUCCGUAAAAGUUAAAACCCGAAUUGGUCCGAAAAAGUACUUGAUACAAUUAAAAGUUUAGGGGUUAUAUUUGCAAUUUACAAUGUACUUGAAAGUUAAAAGUUAAAACCGAAAUUGGUCCUCUUUCGCUGCAACUUUUAAACCCAGAAGAAACACUUUCUUCGUCUUUCCCGUUUCGUUUGCUCUCUCUGCUACGAUUUCCCUCUCUGAAUCCCUUUGUUCCUUAGAAAUUUCAAGAAAUUCCGAUGAUUUCUAUCUCCAGAACCUCUGCACUGGAGUCAAUUCGUUCAAAUUAGGCGGGAUUUACGCUGCGCCAUUCUCAAAAUUAGCUUCGCCGUGCAAAAUCACCCCCGCUGAUGGCGAACCGGACGGACCCGACGGCGAAGAGCAUAAGGGGAACGAACCCUCAAAAUCUGGUGGAGAAGAUUCUUCGGACUAAGAUUUACCAGAACACCUACUGGAAGGAGCAAUGCUUCGGCCUCACUGCCGAAACCCUAGUCGAUAAAGCCAUGGAGCUCGACCAUGUCGGCGGCACCUUUGGCGGCAACCGGAAGCCCACCCCUUUCAUGUGUCUUGUCACCAAGAUGCUUCAGAUUCAACCCGAUAAGGAAAUCGUGGUUGAAUUCAUUAAGAACGAGGAUUACAAAUACGUCCGCGUGCUUGGAGCGUUUUAUUUGAGAUUGACAGGGACGGAUGUGGAUGUUUAUCGUUAUUUGGAGCCCCUGUACAAUGACUACAGGAAGCUGAGGAAGAGAUUAACAGAUGGAAAAUUCGCGCUGACCCAUGUGGAUGAGUUCAUUGAUGAACUUCUGACGAAAGAUUACUCCUGUGAUAUUGUGUUACCACAUGUUAAGAAAAGAUGGACUCUCGAAUCUUUAGGUUCACUAGAACCUAGAAGAAGUGUCCUCGAAGAUGAUUUUGAUGAGGAGGAAGAAAAGGAUGAAGAUGAUCAACCUGCAAAUGGCUUAGAUGCAAGAGAUCAUGAGAAGGAUUAUUAUCAUGGGCGGAGUCCAACUAGAGAAAGAGAUCGAGAUAGAAGGCGGGAUAGCCAUAAAUACAGGGAUCGGGACUAUGAUAGAGACAGAGACCACGACAGAGAGCGGGAUUAUGAUAGAGACAGAGACUAUGACAGAAAUAGAGACUAUGAAAGGGAUCGGGUUAGAGGACGCGAUAGGGAUAGGGAUAGAGACAGAGACCGAGAGCGGGAUCGUGAACGUGACCGCCAUCACCAUAGAGAUGAUAAGGAAUAUGGGCGCGAUAGGGAGCGAGAUCGACGGGAAAGGGACCGUCGUCGAAGAAGUCAUUCAAGGAGCAGAAGUAGAAGUAGAGAUCGUAAGGAUCGGGAUGAUGACAGACACCGAAGGCACGCUAGCCCUACCACUAGGGAUGAGCCCAAAAAGAAGAAAGAAAAGAAGGAGAAGAAGGAUGAUGGGACUGACCAUCCUGAUCCAGAGAUUGCAGAAGCAAAUCGGCUUCGUGCAUCUCUUGGCUUAAAACCUCUGAAGCUGUGACUGCAGUUGCGUGCAUCUGGGGUUGGUGGAUUAUCCUCAGCUAUCUGUUUCCAGCUGCCCAGAUUGGAGAAAAUAUUUAUUGUUAUUUUGGAUCACGAAACUUGCUACCCAAAACGAAGCCCGAGGGCCUGUUGCUGUAUCGGGGAUGCUAGAUGCUAAGUUGUGUCUCGUUGUCUUUUUUUUUUUUUUUUUUUUUUUUUUUGGGGUAGAUGCUACUUUAGUUGCCAUUUGAGUAGUAUAAUAUGGUGGGCUGAGGUUUUCUGGUCUUUUCUCCAAUGUUUUUUUUCUCCAUCUAUUGUUCCUAAUAAUGUCAAUAAGCUGAUUUGAAACUGGUCCGAUGCAACUAUUUAAGUUUCCUGAAGCGUCAAUAUCAGGUUAUGGGAUGGAAUUUCUUGGUCGGUGUAGCUGUUUUGAAUUUUGGAGCUGUCAACUUCAGGUUUAGGGACAAGCCAUUGCGUACUUGAUGAGAAGCAUCGGCUUAGUGCAUUUUUUGCCGUGAGGUUGCCUUACAGUCGCAGACGAGAACACUUUUGGAAUACUAUACAGAAAUGUUCAAAUCCUUGUACUGGAACUUGGCCCAACUGUUCGAUCUUUCAAAAUGCUUACAAUUUAGCGAAAAGAUUAGUCAGACUUUGGGCAACUUACUAUAUGCAUGAAUUUCAUAAAUAUGUCCAAAAAUUCGAUUCAAGUUACAACUGUAAGAUAGACAAAUUCAAUCAAGAAUACCGGAAAAACAGCGCUGGGGACCAGAAUUUCCAUGAUACUUUAUCAAAUUUCAUUGUAUAACAAUGGAAUUCUUACAAGCCUUUUA